AUGCCACCAUUAAGAUGGUUUUCGAAAACCGUGGGCCUGGGAUGCCUCAUGGUCGUCAACGCACCUGGGCACAGCACCUUGUCCAUGCGCCAAACCAAACCUAAUGACGCAGAAUACAAGACUUACCACUUGAUUUUUGGUGAUUUUAGCCUGGUACGCCGUGAAAGCCCUCCUCAAACUGUUCCCAAUGGAAAGACGACGACCCCUCCCCCUCCAGCGCCUUCGCAGUCCUCCAGGGCUCGUCGUCGUGCUGACAUCGCAAACGACUACCCCCCCCUGCUACGCCGCCAAGGUGCUGUUCAACGUGAAAGCGGUGCUACACCUUUUCCCGCAGCUGGUUCCGGUCAAAAGAAGACACAUGCACGUCGUGCUGACAUCACAAACGACAGCCCCCUGCUACGCCGCCAAGGUGCUGUUCAACGUGAAAGCGGUGCUACACCUUUUCCCGCAGCUGGUUCCGGUCAAAAGAAGACACAUGCACGUCGUGCUGACAUUACAAACGACAGCCCGUAA